AUGUCGUACUCAACCCAGUAUCCUAAUUCAAAUUUUCUUCAACUUCUGCCAGUAUCAACACAAUUUCCAGAUCCUAAACUGUUACCUAAGUCAAUGAAGAACAUGUCCAUAUCAGAUCAAGUAGUCAAUUUUUAUCCAGUACACAAGAAAGGUCCAAAUUAUCUCAAAUAUUGUAUUGGAUGGCUAUCGGAUGAGGGAAAACCUUCUAGCAUGGGAGACUGUAUUUGGCAACACACAUCAGGUCCAAAUUGGUAUUGCACCGAAGUUAAUAUGGCAUUAGCAUCAGAUUCACCAAAACUAAAAUCUUAUGGACCAUACAUCAGACAAUUGAAAUAUUCUAUUGCUAUGUCACAAAUGAAAUUCUUUGGUAUUGUAUCUCGAGGUUAG